AUGGCGGCGGUGCGGGCGGCGCUGCUCGCCCCGCUGCUGGCGCUCGGCCGGGCCGGCUCGGGGCCCGCCACCCCCGCUCGGGUCGAGGUGGCCGUGUCGGGGCCCGGGGCGGCGGGGCCGGACGGGGACGGGGCCGGCGGCGGGGCCGGCAGCGCGGGCGCGGUGCCCGGCAGCUCGUACACGCUGCGCGGGGCCGUGCUGGGAGCGGGGGGCGGCCGGGCCGGGCCGGGCCGAGGCGGCCCGCGGGGGGAGCGGGGGGAGAUGGAGAUCCGAGGCCGCCUGGUGCUGGUGGGUGACGUGGAGCCGGAGCUGAGCGCUGCUGAUGGCUGGAUCGGGGUGGUGCCCGUGGGCACCGAGGAGCCGGCUGAGGGCCCCCGGGGUGCCAAGGAGGAGUCCUUCACCACCGCCGUUGUCACCAAGAUGAAGCGAGCCCUGGUGCUGGGGGCCUCUGCCCUGCUGAUCCUGGCGCUGAACCAGAACGCCAUCCGUGAGCUGGACGUGUCCCAGCUGCUGGCCAAGCCCGUCAUCGUCAUCCAGUCCUCGGACAAUGUCACCAGGCUGCUGGGAGCGCUGCUGCGCGGGCUCCGGGCUACGGCAAAGAUCACAUACCAGGCAGUGCUGCUGGAGAACCUGGGAGUCACCCUCACGCUCUGGUCCACCUGUGGCCUGUCCCGAGGGGGUCUCUAUGGAGAGUGGCAGGGGGUGAUCUGCCCUGGGGAGAGCAGCUCGCAGGUCCAGAAGUACCUGCAGCAGCUGUGGAACACCAUCCUGCUGAUCGCCCUGCUGCUCUGCACCGGCGUCAUGGUGCAGGCCCAGCGGCAGUCGCGGCAGGAGCUGUCGGAGCGGGAUGCCGAGCUGGACCUGAAGCAGCACAUCCGGCGGCGGCUGCUGGCGCUGAAAACGCGGCGCUACCACCCUGGGAAGCCGCCCCGGAGCCGCGCCUGUGAGAUCGACAGCUGUGCCGUGUGCCUGGACCAGUUCCACAAGAGCCAGUGGCUGCGGGUGCUGCCCUGCUCCCACGAGUUCCACCGGGACUGUGUGGAUCCCUGGCUCCUGCUGCAGCAGACCUGCCCUCUCUGCAAGCGCAACAUCCUGGGGAACUGCUGCACAGACAGCUAGCUGGCCCAAGGACACACUCCAGGGACAGACCCACGGCUGCUGCAGGGACAGGGAGGGGGCAGGGGGUGCCCAGUGAGAGGCACUUGCUGCCACAGCUGGGUUGGUGUGGCUGUGCCCAUCACAGUGCCCAGACUCUGGAGAGGGAAGGACUUUGGGCUCUCCUGCUGGGUGUGAGUAGAGGGGUGGGGGGUCCAGAUGGGCAGUGUUGGGGAGGGAAGAUUUGGGGCACCCAUGGGUGUAACGGGGUGGGGGCUGGGGCAGGGAGAGCCCUGGUCCUGCUGUGCUCUUGCCCUGCUCACAGCAUUUUUUCUAAGUCUUGGGGUUUUUGUCUAUUUGCUGGUGGCCGUGGCAGGGUAGGCAGAGCCUGGCUGCAGUGCCAGCCCCUCUGGGAGGUGGGUGACAGCUCUGCCAGGGCUGGGGCUGGCAGGGCUGUGGGUGACUCACGGCCUCACCGUGGGAGGGCAGGGGUUGGAUGCUUUAUUUAUAAUAAUAACUUAUUAGAAAGGAUGGCACGAGCCAGCUGCAGAGCCAGCACGGUCACUGGGGACACACCACGGGCCCUGCCUGGGUCCUGCCCCAUGGCUGCAACAUGGCACGUGUCCAUCCCUAUUAAACAUGGAGCAAGG